AAUUAAUUACUUUUAGCUUUAAUUAUUAGCUCUAGAUUUUAUAAAAUACAAAUUUUAAAUAAAUACGUACAUCGUUCAGUAUUCUUCACCUAAUAGAUUUAUUGUUUGGAUCCUUGAGAAUGUACCUUUUACCAGUGAUGAAGACAACAUAAAUGAAUGCGCAACUUGUGUAUCCUUUUCUUAGAUGGUUUUCCUGAUCAUAAAAACAUUGAUCUUUCGGUCUUUUAGCAGGAAUUAAGAAAUAGCCCAAAUAAAUGUCCCACAUAUGUAUCCUUUUUAUGGGUGGAUUUUAUAAAAUAAAAAUAUAUUUUUGUGUGUAUGUAACUUAAAUUUUUCAACCAACCUUGAGGAGGAAAGUAAUUGGUAGCUUCUAAUAUAUAAUUAAAUUAAAAUGUAUUUUUUAGCGCCUUACACGUAUAGAGACGUCUGUAACCGACCGAUACACCUCUGGAAUCCAAUAGAUGAAGAACAUUAUAAGAUAAAAAAAGUAGAAAGACUCCCGCCACGUUAUUCCGAUUAAAAACGAAAGAUCGAAGUUAAUUUUGAUUAAUUAACUAAGUUACAGACGAAUAAUAUUUUUGGUAGAAAAUAAUUAAUUACUUUUAACUAAUAAUUAGCAAAACGUCUAUUUUACGGAAGGAUAUAUUUUUUAAGCUUGGACUUUCCGCAUUGACAUUAAAUAAUUACUGUGAAAUACGAUACAAUUGUUCUUGAGAGUUAAUAACUGCCUUUAGAGUAAAAUUUUUUAAAUUUAGUCAAUCUUUGAUUUAUCAGAUUCUGCAACCUAUAGGGCCAAAUAAAUGUAUUGAAGUAAGAACGUCUGGGAUAAUCAAUUGUUACAGCUUUUCCCAAAAAAGCAUUUUUUGUUUAGCAGAUUAUUCGCUCUACACAGGCAAUAGGAAUGGCGGUUUAAAAACAACACUGUCCACGAAGAAAUGCAAAAGUGUGUGAACUGAAAGUGUGGUAGUUGCUAAGUAACAAAUUGCCAUCAAGUAUUUUAAAAAAAUUAAACCAUUAUAUAUUUUUAAGUGGAUUAACCAUCAUAUGGAAGCAAUAUGAAGAGCAGUUUGGGAGCAAUUCCAAGGUGUGUAAUUUAAAUUCCUGUAAUAUUGUUUAUCAGAUGUUCAAUCCAGCCCCAGACGUAGUACCUCAAGAAACCGUUCGGAACAGAGGCCCUCGCAUCAAUUUUAAAGGCUUCAAAUGCAAGAUGUAGAUUCCGAAACUUUCGGAACCGAGAACAGACUUUAGGAAACCGUUCGGAGCAAAGGCCUCAAAGAAUUCUUCAGGGUAGUGGUACCAUGCUUUGUUUACAAAAAAACGAAGACUAAGCAUGCCUACAACCCAAGAGAAGGGGAGGCCGAAUUUUUCCGGAGAGCAUGAAUUUCCAAAUGUGUCUCUUUUCCAACAGCCUACAAUCAUUUAUUGGACUGGUCAUCCCAUGCGAACAAGAGGAAGAACAGUUUUGAAGCAAUUCCAAGUGGACUGGUCAUCCCAUGGAAGCAAGAGGAAGAACAGUUUUGAAGCGAUUUCAAGUAGACUGGUCAUCCUAGGGAGCAAGAGAAAGAACAGUUUUGAAGCAAUUCCAAGGCAACCCAUGGAAACAAGAUGAAGAUCUGACAGCAGCAACGCCUGGGAAUACUCUUAAUCAUAAUAUUAAUUUGCCCAAUAGUUUAAUUAGGUAUAUUAAUAUAACGUUCAUCAUAACCAAAGCCAUAAUUGAACUGAGCCAAAAUUGAUUGCCCUACUGUAAACUGAAAACAUACCUGAAAAUGUAAAAAAAGAAAAAGAAACAAAACAGAUAUAUAGCAGAAACAGAACGGAUUGUCUUUUAAGUUCAGUAUCUAAACGGCGCAUUUCCUUCAUAUAUAGUAUUAUAUUAAAUAAAUAUAGUUCUUAAUUAUUAGUAUUAAAUCAAGGAAGCAAAGUCACAUCAGCAAUACUGUAAACUUUUUGCAUGCAAUUCUUUUCAACCAUGUAAUUUUUGUAAAUUUCCACCGAUAAUUAUUGUCAAUAAACAUCAAACACUGUA